UGAUUUGGCAAUUGUAACUUGUGGUAUUCAAAGCAUAUUUUGUUUUUUUUUUUGCAACUGAGGAAGGAAAUAACUCUUUUCUCUUUGACAUUUUGUUGUAAGCCGACGACGACGAAGUGAAAAGAGGCUUUGAGUUGAAGCGUUGAAAACGGAGAUAUGGAGUCGGAACACCAAGGCAAUGUAGAGGAAGUAGAGGAAGCUAUGGAGUCGGAACAUCAGCCUAAACUUAGCCCUAUGAGAGCAUUCCAAGCCCUAAUGCAUGGAAGACAAAAUCCUAGCAAACAGGUUGGAGAGAUUGUUGAUGACCACACAGAGGAUGGAAUUAUACCUGCGUCAAAAUCGCUUCCAAAAGCUUUUUUACUUCAUGGGAUUGAGGACGAUGCAUACACAAGUCUCUCAGAAUAUCAUGACUAUGAACCAUGUCUGGAAUUUGAUGACUCAGAGUUAGUUCAACAAAGCACUGGAUUAGCACCACUACCACCAGAGCUGCUGAACUUGAAUGAGGAGCUGCUGGAGAGACCGGCCAGUGACGGCACCAUCGAGGAAAACUUCGAGGAAGAGCUCGCGAAAGCACCCGAAGUAUACACUGAAAUCUCGGGGUCAUUAGAUGAAGAGAGCUUUUCAGACUUGACUGGAACGGGGCUGGUUGAGGUGGUGGGGGAUGAUGAGGUGGGGCGACGUAUCAUCGUCGUGUCUGCCUGUCGCUUGCCGCCCAACAAGGAAUUACAUCAAGACAAAUUGCUAAGGUACCUGAUUUUCACGCUAGACAAAUACGUAGAACAAGAUUACAGUCUUGUUUAUUUCCACCAUGGACUGUCGAGCAAGAACAAGCCAGCAAUAACCUGGUUAUGGAAGGCAUACAAGGCGUUCGAUAGGAAAUACAAGAAGAAUCUAAAGGCGUUGUACCUGGUCCAUCCGACAAAUUUCAUAAGAAUCGUAUGGCAAAUGCUGAAACCCGCUAUCAGCGUUAAGUUCGGCAGAAAAAUGAUGUACGUCAACUACUUACAUGAACUUCAACAACAUUUGAACUUGGAGAAACUUUGCAUACCUGAACAGGUUCUCGAGAACGACAAAAUGUUGCUGUCAAAAAAUCCCAGAGCAGCAGAGAUUGCGAGAGUAAGCGCAGAGAAGAUAGAUAAAGUCGUGGCGCCAGAAGUGGACGCGACGAGGAAAGAACUAUCGCCGCCGCCGACGCAGCAGUUCGGAGUGUCGCUGCAGUUCAUCAAGGAGAAAAACCCUGACAUGAUCGGAUCUAUACCGCCCCUUGUGAGGCAAUGCGUCGAGUUUCUUUCACAGCCUGAUGCUUUGGAGACAGAGGGUAUAUUCCGACGUUCUGCGAACAAGUCAGUGAUAAUGGAGCUACAGCGCGCGUGCAACCGCGGCGAGCCGAUCUCAUUCCGCGACGAUCCGCAUAUCGCGGCUGUUUUACUCAAGACCUUCCUGAAGGAUCUCGAAGAACCGCUCAUGACCUUCGACUUAUACGAGGAGAUACUCCAGUUUCAGACGUGGACAAACAAGGCGAAACCUCGUCAGGUGAAGAUACUGAUCCUGGAGAGGCUUCCACUCGACAACUACAAGCUGCUCAAGUACAUCAUACAGUUUCUGUGGAAGGUGCAAGAUAGAAGCUGUCUAAACAAAAUGACGAGUAGCAAUCUGGCGGUGGUAUUCGGACCGAACCUUGCGUGGCCGCCCAACGGGCAGAUGUCGCUCCAAGCCAUCGCACCCAUCAACGCUUUCACAGAUUUCCUACUGGAGAAUCAGGAAUGCCAUAUUUUCAUAUAGCACAAAUUUAAGAAUUUUGAUGUUAUCGUCGAUUGGAUCACCUCUGCAUUACAAUUCUCUGUUUUUUUUGCACAUGUACAGGGUCAAGAGCACGUCAAGCUUCACACUUAAGACUUAAAUCUAACUAUACCGCUUACGACAAUAACGGUCCAAACUACAAAGUGUCAAGCUUGAUGUGCUCUUGACUGUACCAGGAGUCACUCAGUCAGAGCGACCUUAAUUUGUCAUACAAAGUAAAGUUGUUAAACAUUUUAGGCGGUCACACCUGUCAUUCAUGCUCGGUCUCCUGGUCUUGGUCCUUUCUCGCCUUCUCUCCUGGAGUUGAUCCAAGUCAGUUUUCUAAUUUACUUUGAGGACUUCAUUUUAAAUAGCGAUUGUUAUUGUAUUGUGAAAUGAAGUACAACUCCUAUACUGUCGAAUUUUUUACCGAAUACAUUCUAUUCUAGUAUUACUAAUGUCGAUUCGUGUUCAGAACGCUGUUGACCAAUGUCGCAUCACCACUGCAAUGAAGCUAAGUGAUUGGUCCGCUUUCAUUCUCAACUGCAUAUCACGUGAUAUUAAACCAUGCGAUUGGUCAGUUUCCUUUCAGCAUUUUUAACGCAAAUGAACUAAAAUUAAAGUUUAUAUACCAAAAAUAACAAAGAGUAGUAUAAGGUUUUUUAUAUGUUAAUUAUAAGUUGUACUAACUCAGCAGUAAGCGAAGCUAGUUCUUUUUUAAAGGCAUUAGAACAUAAUUUUAAGGAUAUUUCAAGCUUUAAAAAGAAAUUAUUUUAAACAUUAAGAAUCUGAUGUGACCGGAUGUUACAGACGGCUUUACAAGUGCUCGCUUCAACGGAUAAGCUGCGGACACAAACUUUACGCAUUAGUUUGUUCCGGCAUCUACUACACCACUAAACUGGGCCCUAAAUGUGAUUAUUGUUGGAUCUGAGUAGUGUAAUUAACAUUCAGUUUCAAUAUAAUGUUAUUACGAUAAAAUCGAGUGUGACAUAGUUACGCUCGUUUGGUCUCGCUCUUAGCCUAGCAACACGCGUAAUUUUGGCGUCUUCUAGUUUCUUCCCACAAUGAAUAACUUCGUCCUGUAUAGCGUUAAGGUAAAGAAAAACAGACGACAGUAUCUACGUUCAUAAACAGUGUUGCUUCAUAUUAAAAAACGUUUUAUAAUUCCAUAAUGUUUCUCUAAUUUAUAUAAAAAAUAGAUAAA